AUGAAGGAACCGUUCGAAGGCGCGAUGCCGGACCAGGAGCACUACAGUCUGCGGUGGAACAACCACCAGAGCCACAUCCUGCGGGCGUUCGACACGCUCCUGCAGACGAAGACACUGGUGGACGUGACGCUGGUGUGCGCGGAGACGAGCAUCCGGGCGCACAAGGUGGUGCUGUCCGCCUGCUCGCCCUUCUUCCAGCGCGUGUUCUCCGAGACGCCCUGCAAGCACCCGGUGAUCGUGCUGAAGGACUUCCGGGGCUGGGUCGUCCAGGCGAUCGUGGACUUUAUGUACCGGGGCGAGAUCAGCGUGCCGCAGGAGCGCCUCUCCGUCCUGAUCCAGGCGGGUGAGUCGCUGCAGGUCCGCGGCCUCGUCGACCACCCCGUGGCGGGCCCGAGCACCCCAACGCCCGCCCAGUCCCCGGAGGACUUCAGUCUGUUGGACAUUUCGCCUCCGCUCACGUCACCAGCAGGCCCACCGGCGACCACCCCGAAGCUACUCCGACCCCCCCAGGUCUUCGCCGACCCGUCCCUCAGCCUCCCGACAGCGACCGCGGCCGAUCUGUGCACCUCGCCGAUGCCCCGCCGAAAGCAAGCGCGACCGAGGAGACGUUCGGGUGAGUGCGGCCCGCAGGACCUGAGCAGUAAACCCUCCACGCCGGUACCUCCGGUUCCAGUGCCCAGUGCUGAUGAUCGGGAGGGGGCCAAGGACGAACGGGGGCCACUGCGGGACGACGAGCUGGGAGAUCUGGACCUGGACCUGGAUGACGACGACAUCGACGAGCUGGAGGAAGGGGAGGAGGAGCUGGACGAGGAGGACGAGCUGGAGCUGGACGAGGACCACCUGAAGCGUAUCCUGCGCCGAAGUCAGUCCGUCGACGAGAAGCUGACCAAGGAACAGGAGCAGGACGAGGAAGAAGCGCGUGUGGAGUCCCGCGGAAGUGGGGAGAGUGGCGAGGUCACGCGGAGGUCACGGUCGUUGCAGAAGCCACGAAAGGGUGGGUCGAAGGGGGCGGGUGAUGCCCGUGAUGCUCCCCCGCUGACGCCUUCGUCCUCGUCCGGAUCGUUCGGCGUGUCCGAUGGUCCGGAGAACCUCUGCAUGAAGAAGUCCUCGCCAGUGGGUGCAGCCCGGGAAGGGGGCGGGGCGGAAGGACGGGGUAGCGUCGGGGAUAGCCUCGUGUCGCCGGCGACGAAGGACUCCACGGCCGGUGGAGGAACCGGGCUGCUAUCGCUCAAGGACAUCCGGCACCUGAACCGGGCGGCCCUGAACCGCUCGCUCGGCUCCCUGUCGCCGCCGCCGUCGUUCGCGUCGGCCCUCAACAACAACCUGCACCCCGCUCUGAGCCUCAUGCACCACCACCACCACCACCACCAGCAGCAUCACCCGCAGGGUGAAGGGAAGCGCGUCAAGCUGGAGGACCGGGACGAGGUCGAGCGGUCGCUGCUGGCCGGCCACGACGAUAUGGAGCCGCCCCACUUCCUCGAUCACAUGGACCUGGCCCUCGGCACCCACCAGCACCCGCUCGCCCACCACGCCCACUCGGCACACCUGGCCGCGGCCGCCGCUGCCGCUGCAGCCGCCGCCGCCCAUCAGCAGCUCCAGGCCGAAGGAAGUGAGAACAACAACAGCACCAACAAAAAGAACAACAACAGCGGGGGCAACAAUCAUGGCAGCUUCCUGAACCACCAUCAUCACCACCAACAGCAGCAGCACCACCAUCCGCAGAACAGCAAACAUCCUCACCACCCACCACAUCAUCACCCACACCACCACCAUCAGCCGCAGCAGCAUCACUCGUCUAGCCCCGGAGCCCCUAGCCUGCCUCCCGGAGCCCCAGGACCUCCUGGCGGCAGCAACAACAGCAGCAGCAGCAGCAGCAAUACCGGAAGCAACACCGGAAGUAGUAACAACAACAACAACAACAACAACAGUCUGCACCACCCGCAUCAACACCCGCACCACGGUCUCAAGUCCGGAUCUUCGGCGGGCGGUGGCGGUGGAGGAGGAGGCGGUGGUGGACCGAAGGACUUUCUCCACAGUCCGACGCUCAACUUUCCGCCGUUCUUCAACCACUCCGCGGAGGGACCGGGACCGAGGCCGCCGCACUCGCCGCUGCCCUUCCCGCACCUGCCGUCGGUGUCGUCGCUCACCCUCACCCCGCCCCACAUGUUCGGUCUGGACUCACCGCUGGGCCUGUUUCCGCCCGGUAUGGACCCGGGCAAAAUCUACAGCCCCCUGAUGGAAAUGUCCGACCCGCGGAGCAUGCACCACGACGGGCCCCCGUUCCUGAAGAAGAAAAGUAAGUUGAAUCGACCGAAGGGACAACACUCGGCCCCGCGGGGAGGACCGCCACGGUCGUGGACGAACGCGGAGCUAACCGAGGCGCUGCAGCACGUCUGGAACAAGAAGAUGACGACGAGCCAAGCGUCACGGAUCUUCGGCAUCCCGUACAACUCACUCCUGAUGUAUGUGCGGGGCAAGUACGGCAAGAGCCUGAAGUUGGAGCAACUGCGCAAGGACUGCAUCAGCGGGCCACCGAUCGAGCUGCUCCAGAUGGGCGUUGGCAAUAGUUCCGGCAAGGACAAGAAGGACAGCGGCAACAAGGAUCAAGGAGGGGACCACCUGCAUCACCACGGUGGCCCCGGCCGAGAAGGCAGCAAUGGCAGCGGACCGAACGGUGGUGGUGGUGGUGGCGGUGGUGGCGGCGGAGGUGCCAGUGAUCUCCGGGGCCCUCGGUCGGUCUCGUCGGAACCGGAGCUACUGUCGAGCCCGAACCCACUGUUCAACCCGUUCCCGGGUGGGUUCUAUCCGGACUUCCCGGGCGGCUUUCCGGGACUUCCGCUCAGCAUGCUGAACCUGCUGCCCCCGGACCGGCACCCGCCCCACUCGCUCCCGUCGCUGGCCGUCGACGAGGACUGCAAGAGCGAUCGCUCGAAGCAAUCGCUGGACGAUGACUUCCCGCAACCGCUCGCCCUGAACCGGCCGGCCGCCGACCCGCUGGCCGACAGCCGGCGCGAGAUAUACCAACAGAACGGGCAGGACUAA